ACCACUCCUGUCUGACGCAAUUCACAAGCCUACGGUUCACUCUUCACGUAAGAAACUCUCAAGAGUUCUGCACAACAUUCACAUACUCCAUUCCACAUUACCGAACCACCAGACGCUAGAGCUUGAUCACACCAUCAGACACAGUCGGUCCAGCCACACUACGAACACAACUUACAGGCUGUCACUCUCCUACACAGGAAAAAGCUACAUCACCUGGUCAGAAGUCCAAAGGCUUCUCACCCAUUUCCAUCCACCCCUACCUAUCCUUCAUCCUCACCAAACAAACAAACAACGGCCACGAUGUUCCGCAUCUUCAACUACAUGGUCCCCUACACCCGCCCAAUUGGCUUCCUCGUCCCCGCUCCCGAAGUCUACAAAGGCCUCGACGCAAUCCAACAACACGGUAUCGCCACCUCAGAUUUCGCCCAGCGCACAGGAUACGUCAACUGCCUAGCCAUCACGCAACAGGAUAAACUCCGCGAACAGCUAGCCGACCUCAAAGAAUGCCAGCUACACGACCACGCUCGCAUGGACGAGGAUUAUAGUAUGAGGAUGCAGGCUGCGAAUGUGCAGUUCUUCCCCGGUGGCCUCGGUCCGAGAGAGCUUACUGAGAAUGAGAAGAGGUAUCCGAGGAAGGUGUCGAAUAAUGAUAUCUUGAUGGCGAAGAGGAUUGAGAAGUGCUAUCGGAGGCGGAUAAAGGCACUCAAGGAGGAGAAGAGGAAAAAUGCCAUUUGGUUGGAUUUGUGGUAUGAUGAGCAGGUUGUCAAGAUUGAUCGCUUGUUGAAGAAGGAGUGGGAUCAGAGUGGGGAGUGUGAGGGGUACCCUUAUUGGGCGGAGGAGAGGCGCGAGGUGAAGCGCAAGGUGAAGCGUUCGAUGAAGUGCUAAGCGAAAUAGGCUGGCGAUAGCUUUGGUGGG